AUGUCAGCACCAAAGAACCCUCCCUUCAGAGCCGAACACCUAGGCUCUCUCAAACGCCCAGACAACCUCCUCGCCGCCCGCCGUGAUAUCCACGAGCACAAAGCAACCCAAGACUCUCUGCCCGCAAUCGAAGACAAAGCAAUCGCCGACGUCGUCAAGAUCCAACAAGAAUGCGGGUUCCACGCUCUCAGCGAUGGAGAAUACCGUCGCCACAUGUUCUGGGGCACUUUUUUUCCUUCUUUGAACGGCUUUACUGAAAUCCAAGGACCUGAUGCUGAUAUCUUUCGUGCAUAUGUUCCCGACAUUGCUGCAUUCUUGGAGGCCGAUCAUGUGCCAGGAGAAACGGUGAUUUGUGAUGGUAAGAUUGAACACACGGGCAACAGCAGCUAUAUCGAGCAAUUUGAGUAUAUGAAGAGUAUUGUACCCAAGGAGCAGUGGGGGAAUAUCAAACUCACGCUUGCUGCACCGAAUUGGUAUCAUUUGAGAUACAAGACUGGCAAAGCUUACCCAAAGGAUGUGUACGCCAACGAUGAAGAGUACUUUGCGGAUAUUGCAAAAGCAUACCAGAUCGAACUUCAGAUUCUCUACGACGCAGGCUUGAGAAAUGCCCAAGUCGAUGACCCAAACCUCGCUUACUUUUGCUCCGAAAAGAUGCUCGACGGCUGGGCAGCAGACGAAUCCAACACCCAAACCGCCGACGAGCUCUUCGACAGCUACAUCUCCUUCUACAACAAAUGCUUCAUCCGCCAGCCAGACAUGCACCUCGGCAUCCACCUCUGCCGCGGCAACUUUGUAAACUCGCGCCACUUCAGCGAAGGCGGCUACGACCGCAUCGCCACAAAGCUGUUCCAACGCCUCAAUGUCAGCACCUACUACCUCGAAUACGACACUGCUCGUGCCGGAGGCUUUGAGCCCUUGAAAGCACUGCCAAAGGACAAGUUUGUGGUUUUGGGUGUGGUGACUAGUAAGUUCCCGGAGUUGGAGGAUAAGAAGGAGAUGGUGGAGAGGGUGUUGCGGGCUGCAGAGUUUGUGGCGGAGGGUAGUGGGGAGAGUAGGGAGACGGCGCUGCAGAGGAUUGGAGUCAGUCCGCAGUGUGGGUUUGCGUCGCAUAGUGAGGGAAACCUGUUGACAUAUGAUGAUAUGGUGGAGAAGUUGAAGUUGGUUAGGGCGAUUGCUGAUGAGAUCUGGCCCGGUGAGCCUUGA